AUGGCCAUCACCACCGCAGCGCCGGACGUAAUCGCCUCCGACGACGACUUUGCGCCACCCGUCGCUCAAAAGACAGAGGAGGAGUCUGCACGCAUCCGGGCUGCGGUCAAGGCCAACUUUCUCUUUGCGUACCUCAACGAGGCGCAGCUGCGGCGCGUGCUCGACGCGAUGGUGAGGCGCGACGUCGCCGCCGGCGAGGUGGUCAUCCGGCAGGGUGACCCCGGCGACUAUUUCUACAUAUGCGAGUCGGGCGACUACUCGGUCACUGUGAGCCCAGGCGAUAACCAGCCUGCCGUCGAAGUUAUCUCAUACGCCGCGCAGGGCGGCAGCAACCCGUGCUUUGGCGAGCUCGCACUGAUGCACAACAAGCCUCGCUCGGCGACCGUGACCUGCGUCUCGGCUGGCUCGCUCUGGGCCAUCGACCGCCGCUCCUUCCGCGCGAUUUUGAUGAAGUCGUCCUCGCACCAGCUCACGCGCACCCUGCGCUCGGUCGAGGUGCUCCGAUCGCUGUCGCUCAAUCAGCUGCAGCGGUUGGAGGAGCUGCUCACCGAGGCUAGCUACUCAGACGGCGAGUACGUGAUCCGGCAGGGUGAGCGGACUGACACCUUUUACGUCAUCCUUGAGGGCUCCGUCGCCGUAACCAGGAGCGAUGACCCAAGCGACGCCGGCGCGGCCGAGAAGGAGUUAAGCACCUUCUCUUCGGGAUACUUUGGUGAACGGGCGCUCAUUGAGAAGGCGCCGCGCGCGGCGAACGUGAUUGCGCGCGGGCCGCUUCGCUGCCUCUGCGUCGGCCGCGACGGUUUCGAGGAGGUGCUCGGCCCGCUGCAGUCCAUCAUC